UUUGUUCUUAGGUAUAUUGACUGAAGUUUAAUGAGAAGAAUCUUGAUCAGCUAAAAUUUGCUGCAAGAAAUGGAAUUAGCUCAUAGCUUACUGCUGAAUGAAGAAGCAUGCAAUCAACUAAGUGAAGUUCAGAARGCUGAGUUUAUUUUUGAGUGGUUGAGAUACUUGGAGAAACUCUUACUAGCAACCAGUAGGAAUGAUGUAAGGGAGAAACAGAAGACUCUUGUUGAACAACUCCUAUCUUUGCUGAAUAGCUCUCCAGGGCCUCCUACUCGAAAACUCCUUGCCAAGAAUMUGGCCAUACUUUAUAGUAUUGGAGACACAUUCUCUGUUUAUGAGACAAUYGAUAAAUGUAAUGAUCUUAUUCGUAGCAAAGAUGAUUCUCCAAGUUAUCUUCCCACCAAACUUGCUGCUGUGGUAUGUUUGGGUUCCUUGUACAAGAAGUUGGGUAGAAUACUGGGUAACACCUUUACUGAUACAGUGGGGAAUAUUCUCAAAGCUAUGAAGAGUGCAGAGUCUCAAGGUCGCUAUGAAAUUAUGCUGAGCCUACAAAAUAUAUUGAAUGGACUUGGUGCUGCUGCUACACCAUGCCACAGGGAUGUUUAUAAAGCUGCUAGAUCCUGCUUAACAGAUAGAUCCAUGGCUGUUCGUUGUGCUGCUGCAAAGUGUCUUCUUGAACUUCAAAAUGAGGCCAUCUUUAUGUGGAGUACUGACCUGGACAGUGUUGCCACACUAUGUUUUAAGUCCUUUGAAGGUUCCAAUUACGAUGUGCGGAUUUCAGUUUCAAAACUGUUGGGCACAAUAUUGGCUAAAGCUAUAAUUUCUAAGCAUCCAGGAACAGCAGCCUUACGUCAAAGCAUUCGCAGAGUGUCUUUGGAAGAAGUUCUGGAAUUACUAGGAACAGGGUUUCUACGUGGGAGUUCAGGAUUUCUUCGAGCCAGUGGAGAUAUGCUGAAAGGAACCAGUUCAGUCAGUAGGGAUGUUCGAGUUGGAGUUACUCAGGCUUACGUGGUAUUUGUUUCAACAUUAGGAGGAACUUGGCUAGAGAAAAAUUUUCCUAUCUUUCUUUCUCACCUCCUAAGCCUUGUGUCACAGUCACACCCUAAAGCUACCCAAACUCAGAUUGAUGCUGUCUGCUGUCGCCGGUGUAUUUCAUUUAUUCUUCGAGCUACGAUAGGAGGCCUUCUUGGAGAAAAGGCUCAAAUUGCUGCGGCAAAGGAUAUCUGCCAGACCAUCUGGAAGCUAAAGAAAGUUAUGGAUGCUGUAUUGAGUGAUGGUAACUUGGAAACCCGACUUGGUUCCACAGAUGUAGCAGCCAGCCAGCAUAUGCUGGUGUGUGCUUUACAAGAACUUGGAAAUCUCAUACACGGUCUUGGCACCACUGCUGCACCUUUGCUGCAAGAUUCAAGUAUAGGCCUUCUCGACAGUGUCAUUUCGGUUAUUCUUCAUCCUAGCAUUUCUGUUCGACUGGCAGCAGCUUGGUGUUUACACUGCAUUGCUGUGGCCUUACCUUCCUACCUAACGCCUCUCUUAGAUCGUUGCGUUGAACGCCUUACUGUACUUAAGUCGUCACCUGAAGCUGUGACUGGCUUUAGUUUUGCUGUGGCAGCUCUGCUGGGAGCAGUGAAACAUUGUCCUCUGGGAAUUCCUCAUGGAAAGGGCAAGAUUAUUAUGACAUUAGCAGAGGAUUUGCUAUGUUCUGCUACUCAAAACAGUCGCCUUUCAGCUCAGCGCACACAAGCUGGAUGGUUGUUGAUUGCUUCUCUGAUGACAUUAGGUUCUGCAGUUGUCAGUCAUCACCUUGCUCGAGUUCUGCUGUUGUGGAAGUGUGUCUUUCCAGCAUCUCCUAAAGAUCUAGAAACAGAAAAGAGCCGAGGAGAUUCAUUUACUUGGCAGGUUACCCUGGAAGGACGCGCUGGUGCACUGAGUGCUAUCAAGAGCUUUGUUUCCUACUGUGGUGAUCUCCUUACUGAGGAAGUAAUUCAGCGUCUUCUUCCACCACUUCCUUGUGCUGUGGAUUUGCUAAUUCAGCUUUCUUCAAUACUAAAAACAUACGGAAAUCCUUUGAAAACACCAUCAGUAGUUUAUAGACAAAGGCUUUAUGAACUGUUAAUUUUGUUACCUCCUGAAACCUAUGAAGGACACCUCUGUGUUAUCCUCAAAGAACUGGCUGCUGACCUUACUGCCCCUGAUAGUCAGGUGGCUGCAUCUACAUUUUUACUUCCACCUCUUUGUCAUCAGGAUGAUCUUUUGAUAUUAAGUCCUUUGCUACAAGAGACUGACCAUAGAUUUAUUGAAGAACAGCUCCUGCUUGGUAAUGGGGGUGCCUGUGGAAGUCUUGAAUAUGACCCUUAUUCUAUUUAUGAGAAGGAUGUAGAGGGAGAUUCUGUGCCUAAGCCCCUGCCUCCUACACUAUCAGUUAUUAGCUCUGCAGCAAAGCUCUUUGGGAUUGUCUGUGCUCAUGUGGGAGAAGCUCAAAGGCUUCUUAUAUUGGAACAGCUUUUGAACAGUAUGAAGCACACAAAAGGAGCUCGUCAACAAGUAGUUCAGUUACAUGUUGUUUCUUCCAUUUCUAAUUUUUUAAAGUAUGUGGCUGGCUCAAAGGGAAGUUUAGGUCCAGAUGAAAUGAGAAGACUUGCCCUAACAUUAGUGAUGGGAGCCCUAGAAAGUCCCAACCCCCUUUUGAGAUGUGCAGCUGCAGAGGCAUGGGCUAGAUUAGCCCAAKUAGUUGAUGAUGGAGCUUUUACUGCUGGAUUAGCUCAAGUUAGCUUUGACAAAUUGAAGUCAGCAAGGGAUGUGGUUACAAGGACUGGACACUCGUUGGCUUUGGGAUCCCUAAAUAGGUAUUUAGGAGGAAUAAGUUCUUCUCAGCACUUAAAUUCUUGCAUUGGGAUCCUUUACACUUUGUCUCAGGACAGCACUUCUCCUGAUGUGCAGACCUGGGCACUGCAUUCUCUAUCAUUGGUAAUUGACUCUGCUGGCCCACUCUUUUAUGUGCAUGUGGAGCCUACCCUUUCUCUCAUUAUAAUGUUGUUGUUAAAUGUGCCUCCCACUCAUGCUGAAGUUCACCAGAGUCUUGGUCGCUGUUUGAAUGCYCUUAUUACCACAUUAGGUCCAGAGCUACAAGGUAACAGUACCUCAGUUUCUGCCUUAAGGACUUCUUGUUUGCUGGGUUGUGCAGUGAUGCAGGAUAACCCAGACUGCCUAGUUCAAGCUCAGGCCAUCUCUUGCCUUCAGCAGCUUCACAUGUUUGCUCCUCGGCAUGUCAACUUGUCUAGCCUGGUUAGCUGCCUCUGUGAGAUCUUGUUGGAUAAUUCUGUGUUGGUGAAUCUUUGUAGUCCCUACUUGUUAUUGAGAAGAGCAGUCCUGGCUUGUUUACGUCAGCUUGUACAGAGAGAAGCAUCUGAAGUUUCAGAACAUGCUGUUAUGUUUGCUAAGGAUAGCAGAGAAAAGUUGACCCCAGAUGCUAACAUUGGAGAAAUGGGCCUUGAAGGGGCAUUAUUGGCCUUACUAGACAAAGAGACAGAUCAGAGAUUGUGCCAUGAUAUCAGAGAGACUUUAAAUCACAUGCUAACAUCUAUGGCGGUGGAAAAACUCUCUCUUUGGUUAAAACUUUGUAAAGAAGUACUUGCUGCAUCAGCUGAUUUUGCAACUAUAACUUGUGUGGAUACGAUGCAAGAGGAAGAAGGUCAUAAGCUUGAUGAUGCCUCAGUCCUGACCACCAGAAGUGAUGAAAAACCCCAUCCUUUUACCAAUCCCCGAUGGGCUACUAGAGUCUUUGCUGCUGAAUGUGUCUGUAGGAUAAUUAACCAGUGUGAGAAUGCAAACAGUGCACAUUUUGACAUUGCUUUAGCACAAGAAAUGAAAAAAAGGGAUUCAAGAAAUGACUUUUUGGUGUUACAUCUUGCUGACUUAAUUCGCAUGGCUUUUAUGGCUGCCACAGAUCACAGUGAUCAACUCCGUCUUUCUGGCCUUGAAACACUAUUAGUUGUUAUUCGGCGAUUUGCAACUAUUCCAGAACCAGAGUUUCCAGGUCAUGUGAUUCUAGAACAGUAUCAAGCCAAUGUAGGAGCAGCACUUAGACCAGCCUUCACUUCAGAGACACCACCCGAUGUGACUGCCAAAGCAUGUCAGGUUUGCAGUGCCUGGAUAGCAAGUGGAGUUGUAAGUGACCUUAGUGAUCUCCGAAGAGUUCAUCAGUUGCUGGUUUCAUCAUUAACAAAAAUACAGGCUGGAAAAGAAGCUCUAAGUCACUUAUAUAAUGAAAGUGCUUCUACCAUGGAGAUCUUAGCUGUUUURAAAGCCUGGGCAGAGGUCUACAUAAUUGCUGUGCAAAGACAUAAAAACAACAAGCAAACUUUGAAAACUACCAGCUAUUCAGAAGAGAGUGUCAGAAAUGGGUCAAAUUCAUCGUAUGGACUGCUUGACUUGGUCUACACAGAUCUUGGCACACUAAGCAGACUCUGGCUUGCUGCACUUCAGGAUUUUGCUCUUUUAACUUUGCCUUCAGAAUUUGCUUCCCAACUUCCUGUUGAUGGUGGUGCUUUCUAUACAGCAGAGACUAGUGAAAAUGCAAAAAUGCAUUAUUACAACUCCUGGGCCCUUAUUCUCCAUGCUACAGCCUUGUGGCUUACAAGCACAGGCUUUGUUGUUGCUGACCCAGAUGAGGGCGCAUCUAAUCUCUCAAGGCCUGUGACACCAACUUCCAUGUGUCAGGAUUCAUCAUCUGGGGCUACAGUAAAGUCCCCUGAGGAUGUCUAUACUGAUAGAUUCCAUCUUAUUUUAGGAAUCAGUGUGGAAUUUCUAUGUUCAUUGCGCUCAGAUGCAACCAUGGAAAGUAUUACUGCAUGUUUACAUGCAUUACAAGCCCUUUUAGAUGUUCCUUGGCCCAGAUCUAAAAUUGGCAGUGAUCAGGAUUUGGGUAUUGAGUUGCUGAAUGUGCUGCACCGAGUAAUUUUAACCAGAGAAUCACCUUCCAUUCAAUUGGCUUCACUUGAAGUGGUAAGGCAGAUUAUCUGUGCUGCUCAAGAACACGUGAAGGAGAAAAGACGAAGCGCAGAAGAUUUGUACUUUGCCAAGAGUAGUGGCACACGCCUAUAA